UGAAUACAACUUCAAAUAUAGCACAUAACAAUGGUGUAAUCUCUUUCAUUAGAUUAUUAUGUUGUAUAACAGCUGGCAUACUAUCUCUGGUUAAUAUCACCUACAUCAUCGUGUGCUUUAAAGUUCUACGGAAAUCAUUUCACAAUCUUAUCAUAUUGGGUAUGUGCUGCAGCGAUGUAGUGACAGGAUUGUCUUUUAUAUUUUUUGCAUCUCUACCUCUUCUAGAAGUUACGAAUGGAUUGAUGUUUACAUGCAUAUUACAGCUUUUCACAAUGACGUUCGGAGUAUCUUUGACCUACUGCUUUCUUUUUCUAAUGUGUCUUCAAAGGUACCUUACCGUCAGAUCGUACAACUUUGGAACUGUAGAACAAUUUGACAGAAAGAAAUAUUUCAUUGUGGCUGCUCCAGUAAUUUUUGUAUUUAUCAUUAUUUUCGGAGUAAUGGUUCUCACUCCAAAAGAAGACAAUUUUUUUGAAUGCACAGCUCAGCAAUUAUAUGGUAGCAGAUAUGUAUAUUAUGUUAUAGCUGGAUUCGGACCACCAAUAUUUAUAAUAUUUCUGGUAUUCUUGAUUUCAAUACUCACUUCUUUUCAUUUAUGGAAAACAUAUUUCAAGAUACGAAAAAUACAACCGAUGUCAGGUACUCUUAGAAGAAGGAAAAAUGGCGGCAACAUGAAGUCAAACCGUAUUGAACAUGAUCAAAAGUCGCCAAAACGAAUACCAAGCCAUUUCAUGACUAGUGAAUUAAGUACACAAGAACGUAUAGAAGAUUUAGAAGGCAGCUCAGAUGACGGAGACUACCGCACAAGUCAUAUCUAUCCACAAGAUACGAAUACAAAGAUAAUGCUAACCGAAGAUUCAAAUGAAACAUCCAUUGAAAUGUUUUUGGUGAAUAAAGAAAACACACAGUAUGAACCUCGGUUUGAGAACGGAAAUAUUAGCACGCAAAUGGAAGCUGGAAUAUUUGUGCCAAUAGAUAAUGAUUUCAACAGAUUUACAUUAGCUUCUCGAGAAUCUAGCACAAUGUCACAAGAAGAUAACAGAGAAAAGACGACGAAGAAAGGUGUAUUCCAAGAUCCGAGGGCAAUACAUUUUCUUAAGAACGAUCAAAAUGACCAAACUACUUCAAGCAAAAGGAAGAAUGAUGUAAUUCAAGACCAAAAGGCAAUUAAUUCUUUCAUGGACGAUCAAAAUGGCCAAUCUUCCACAGGCGGAACCAAGACAGAUUUAUUUCAAGUAGACCAAAAGGCAUUGACCUUGAUGAAUUCAUCAACGAAUAAUCAAAAUUAUCAAUUUACUACGGAUAUUUUCAACUGUCGACACAAUAAUAAAAGCGAUGAAAGACAAAUGAGAAGAGGACUGACACAGAAGUUUAGAUUUAAGAGAUCAUGGGAAGUCCGAGCGUUUGUGACGAGUAUUGUGAUAGCUGUUCAAACAAUAAUUUUAACAGGACCCUUUAUAUCUUCGUUCUUGAUAGAAAUCAUCAAUGGAAAGAUGUUGCCCAUCACGACAAAAUUUACACUGUUUUUCCUGUAUUUGGCAAAUUCAUUGUCAAACCCUAUCAUAUAUGCAUGGCGAAUCCCAAAAAUAAGACAAGAAUUCCGAAAACUAUUUAAUAGAAACAAUUGACCACUUCCUUAUCAUAUCUGCAUGGCGAAUCCCAGACAUAAGACACGAAUUCCGAAAACUUUUUUAAUAGAAACAAUUGACCUCGACCUUAUAUAUGCAUGGCGAUCCCAGAAAUAAGACAAGAAUUCCGUAAACCAUUUAAUAGAAACAAUUGACCACUACCUUAUAUAUGCUUGGCGAAUCCCAGAAAUAAGACAAGAAUUCCGAAAACCUUUUAAUAGAAUCAAUUGACCACUACCUUAUAUAUGCAUGGCGAUCCCAGAAAUAAGACAAGAAUUCCGAAAACCAUUUAAUAGAAACAAUUGACCACUACCUUAUCAUAAAUGCAUGGCGAAUCUAAGAAAUAAGACAAGAAUUCCGUAAACCAUUUAAUAGAAACAAUUGACAACUACCUUAUGUAUGCAUGGCGAUCCCAGAAAUAAGACAAGAAUGCAGAUAACUAUUUAGUAGAAACAAUUAACUUUUACCUGUUUCGAAAUAAACUAAAGCAAAUUGAAAGCAUUUGAAGACCAUUUUACCAAAACUCCGAAGUUUAGUAUUAUCUUGAUUAUAUUUGAAAUUUGUCGAGACUCAUUACGAAAAAUACCAAUAAAGCAAGGAAUUUAAGGUAGGAAUUUUGAAACAUACACUAGGCUAGGUAGAGAAAUCGAUUAUGAAAUUUUAUUUUGCGUAUUUCUUUAGGGAAUCGCAAACCAGUUU